AUGCAGGCUUGUGACCGCUGUUAUCGACGCAAGUCUAAGUGUGACAAGGCGAUCCCCACUUGUGGGCAGUGUCAGAAAGCUCGCACGCUGUGCGACUAUAUCGAUCGGUCCCGGGAGCCGGCCGUCCGACGAGAGGCCGUCGACAGACUUGAACGGAGACUGCGACAGGCUGAAGCGAAAAACCGCGCCCUCACUUCUCAAUUAGCGACAUAUCAAGCGUCCCGCUCCAGCAGUAUUGGCAAGGAAUCCCGUGAGGCUCCCCAGCCACCAGUCCUCAGUCCAAAUUUCCCCUUCGACCGCAAUGAGGUCGCCGAUGAGGUAUCUUUCCUCUCCCUACAGGCAGGAGGAGAACGCAACUACCCAGGCGUCGCAAGCGGUGUGGUGUUUUCGCAUCUCGUUCAGGGAGUUGCUUCGUUGGAUUCUUCCAGUCCACAUGGACAGGCCCCAAAUCGCACAUCCACCAGACCAGUUGAUCAAACAACCUCAUCGCUAUCUAUACCGCGAGAGGCAUUACCGCCCGAGAUAGUCGCUCGCCGUUUACACCAGGCAUACUUCAAGCAUGAUUACCUCUGCUACCCAUUUCUCAAUCGCCACUCGGCGCUGGCCAACCUGGACCGCAUCUACGCCGACGUCUCAGUGUUAGAAGCCGAUGCGACCGUCGCGUUCCCAUUCUACAUGGUUCUCGCAAUUGCAAUGGCCAGUGCACACAAAUGUGACUGGCAAUCAUUGCCUGAAAGUGAGAACUUUCAAGCCCGGGCGAUGAUGCGAGUUGGGGAAGUCCUUCAGCGCAGUGACAUUCACGCUCUACAAGCCGUACUCCUGCUGUGUCAAUAUCGCAUGACCAGCCCGAUUCAAGAAAAGUCAACAAGUCUGUGGCACAUGGUUGGAUUUGCUGCUCGCAUGUGUUUUGAACAGGGCCUCCAUCGUAAUGAGACGUACUACGAUCCGAGUAGCCACUCGGGCAAUGAAGAUCUUCUGGCGCUGAGUGAAACACGCCGACGAUGCUUCUGGUGUGUCGUCGAUAUGGAUCGGAUAGUAAGCAUCACACUCGGUCGGCCCUUGGCUAUUCAUCUUGAGGAUGUUGAUACCGUUCUUCCCGAGCCACAUGUCCUUGAGUCGAGCGACUCAACACCUGGGAAUACUGAAGAGCAACCAUCUCCGACAGCAAUAUUCAAUCAUAUCACACAAUACAGGAUAUUGAGUGGUAAAGUGAUGAUUUCGCUACACAGUAAUCGCGCGACUGCACGCGACGAAGACUCCGCGGCGGUAGCCCGUAUCACUUUGACCGAGGAGCUUGAGCAGUGGAGAAACGAAAGCCAAAACCUACACUUGCAACCUGAAAGCCACGCGCAAACUCGGCGAUCCAGCUUCCUAUCUCCGGAAUGGUACGAAUUGUUAUACUAUAACACACUCUUGAUGAUAUAUCGACCUUCACCUACAUUGUCCACAAUAUCAGCGCGCUCACCAGCCGUACUCCAAGCCACCUUUGACGCUUCCCGUGAAGCAAUAUCACGCUACGCCCUACUCCAUACUUCCCAGCGCAUCAACUAUACAUGGAUCACACUCCACGCGGUCUUUAUGGCCGGGCUGUCCUAUAUCUAUGCGGUGGGACGACACUAUCGAACUCGCAAGGCAAAUACAAGCGCCAAUGCUGUAGGAAGCACACUCUCUACUGAUCCGACUAUUAUUGAGGUAGUAAAUACUUGCCGUUCAUGUUCAAUAGUGCUUGUGGCUGUAUCCGAGCGAUGGGCCACGCCACGCCAUUGCCAUCAGGUAUUCGACCGGCUCAGUGAUGCAGUGCUUGCCGAUGUCAUCGCCUUCUUCACCCAGUCAACAUCGACCCCAGCAGCGUCAAUGAAUCAAGCCAAUGCAUCUCGUAAUAUAAUUACAGCAUCACAAGCUGAUCUCAAUACCCCAUUAUCUCCCGAUGACAGUGUCGUCAUCCCACCAAUAUCAGCAGCUACAUGCUUCCCGCUGGGUGUUGACACAGCGUUGCGAGACUGCUUCGAGGACCUUCAGCAUUUCCAUGAUGCCUAUGGCGGAGACGGCCCCAUUCGACAGCUCUCUCAAGAUUGGCUCCACGAGAUUGGUGGCAUGGCCCUGCAUGCUGUGCAAUUAUGGGGGGAGUAG